AACUCUCGUGAAAUUUUCACCUGCUGGCGGACUCGCUCGAUAAAGAAGAUCCGUGACGGACAUCAGUCUUGUGCUUGAUUUCAACAAGAUGCCAUCGUUAAGGACGUUCACUAUCGAGUUAGAUCGACCAGGCGCCGUGUAUCAAGUCGGUGAAUCGGUAACUGGCAACAUUAUCGUGAACACCAGCGAGGAGAAAUCCGUUAGAGGGCUCUAUUUCAUUGCCAAGGGGGCAGCUAGCGUAUACUGGACAGAAUCGUCGAGUUCAACUGAUAGCGAUGGCAAAAGUACAAGUACCAGUGACAGCUAUUCCGCUUCGGAGCACUAUUUUACGAUAAAGGGCAAUGUACUUGGUUCUUCCGAAUCGGACUCGAGGGUGGAAAUCAAAGAGGGCUACCAUCAGUAUCCGUUUAUGUUUCAACUACCCUGUAACAUUCCCAGCAGCUUCGAAAACUUCUAUGGGAACAUCAGAUACACGGUGAAAGCGGUAAUCGACAGGCCCUGGAAAUUUGAUCACGAAUGUAAAGUCGCAUUCACCGUGAUCUCCGUAUUAGAUCUGAACGCAAAUCGCGACAAAUGCUUAGGAAUCUACGACGAAGCUCAGAAAAACUUGUACUGUUGCUGCUGCAGAUUAGGUUCAAUGAACGUAAGAAUACGAAUACCUUCUUCCGGGUAUGUUCCUGGACAACUAAUCAACACGUCCAUGAACUUUGGAACUGCUUCGUCCCAAGUCCCAGUAUCAAAGAUCAGUACUAAGUUGGAACGAGUAACCAGAUUUCAUGCGACUACCAAGUCUAGGACCGAAAACUUCGAGAUUUCGUCCAGUUCCUAUUCAGGACCUUUCUCGACGCAUACUGUAGCCAAUUUGGAAAUCAGAGUUCCGCCGACCCCGCCGUCCAACUUGUCAUUUUGCAGAAUUAUAGACAUGGACUACUACCUAAAGGUCAUCGUCCAUUUUCCAGGAGCGCACGUUAAUGUUCAGAGGAGAUAUCCUCUUCUGAUCGGAUCGAUACCAUUAUAUGUUGCACCGAGUGCACCUCAUGAAUCGCCAAGUAUCGCAAAAGAAUCUGUUGCACCGAUGCCAAUGCCACUGCCAGAUGCACCACAGCCUGGUGUUUCUAAUACGCAAGCACCACACGUUGGAUUCAUCGUCCCGGAUCAAACUGGUACUUCUACGAAUUGGGACAUACCACCUCCAUCAUAUGAAGAAUGCGUCUCAGGAGCUCAGCACAUCAAAGACCAGGAUGAAUCUGAUUAUGUGCAUGGUGCGAAUUCUCCUUUUUCGCCCAGGUAUCCUGUGUUCAACUAUCCAACACCGAGUGCACCAAGUAAAUGAACGAAGAACUAGAAAAAAUGGUUUUUAUUGAGACUGCAGGAAGGAAGAAGCUUACCAAGCAAUUCUCAUAACAUUCAACUCACUCUUCGGCGUGAUGCAUUUGACCGGUAACGCUGACUUGAAACGAAUCUACUUUGUUAUACUGUGUCGGAUUUACUAUUUUCUGGUACAAGAUACUUUACGAUUUUAUAUGUACAUUAUCUUAAAAAUAUAUAUACAAUUAUUUGCA